GAGAUGUACAAGGACGACUGGAACAAGGUCUCGGAGCACGUUGGCAGCCGCACCCAGGAUGAGUGCAUCCUGCAUUUCCUAAGGCUCCCCAUUGAAGACCCCUACCUGGAGAACUCAGAUGCGUCCCUCGGCCCCCUGGCCUACCAGCCUGUGCCCUUCAGCCAGUCUGGCAACCCCGUGAUGAGCACUGUUGCUUUCCUGGCAUCGGUGGUGGACCCUCGUGUGGCAUCAGCAGCAGCAAAGGCUGCCUUAGAGGAGUUCUCUCGUGUCAGAGAGGAGGUGCCCCUGGAGCUGGUGGAAGCCCACGUGAAGAAAGUGCAGGAAGCAGCACGUGCCUCAGGGAAGGUGGAUCCCACCUAUGGGCUGGAGAGCAGCUGCAUUGCUGGGACGGGGCCGGACGAGCCAGAAAAGAUGGGUGAGCAUCUGAAUGCAGAGAGCUGCACACAGCUGUGCUGGGCCCUUUCUUGUGCCUCUGGAUUGACUGAGCCCACCUGCAGCAGGAGAUGCUGUUGGUAAGGGGCAGCACCAGGGAUGGUCAUUC